AUGCAGCAUAGACUACAAACAAAGGAAAAACUGCACAACAUUGGUGUGUGUGAAGAUGAACUAUGUUUGAUAUGUGGGGAUCAUGCUGAAACUCAUGAGCAUCAGUUCUUCAAUUGUCAUUUUAGUAAAGAGUGUGUUAGUAGGAUCAAAGCUUGGUGUGGUGUUCAGCACCAGAGCUUAAGCUUUUUUCAGAUCAUUGAUUGGAUAGCUAGGAGAAGAAGAGGAUCCAAGAUUAGAAGAUUUGUACAGGCUGCUGCUAUGGAAGCUAUAGCUUACUACAUAUGGAGGGUAGGGAAUGAAGCUUAUUGGGUACAUAAAGUACAGAGUAUUAACUAUACUGUAAAGCAUAUACAAAAUAUAGUGAAGGCUAGAAGUUUAUGUUGUUUGCCUAAGAAAGUUAGCAGUAGGGAUAAGGAGUGGAUUGAGUCUUUGUAA